CUGAAACCUCGCACUCUUUCACAAACACUUCAAUCUCUCAGGCUCCACCGCUUAUCAGCUAGGUUUUUAUUUCCUGCCAGCAAAAUGCAAAUUCACAGCGACAUUCCCUAUGUCUCGGACCACGCGGCGCUGCAGACGCUCGACCUGUACAUGCCGGACUCGGCCACAGCAAAACACCCGCUAGUUGUUUACAUCCACGGGGGCGCCUGGCGGAGCGGCGACAAAAGCGAAUCAAGCACCCUGGCCAAGGGCCUGGUAGGGUUAUCCCGGGACCGGCUGGCCGUGGCAGUAAUCAACUACCGGCUCAGCGUGCGCGGCGACCCGGCAACCAUGCAUCCGAUGCAUCUGAAUGACACGGUUUCGGCAGUAAAGUUCCUUGUUGCCGGGCAGUACCCGGGCUGCGACCGCGUGGAUACCGACAAUCUGUAUCUGGUCGGGCAUUCGGCGGGCGCGCAGCUGGCGGGCGCGCUGGUUUUGCGGGAGCAUGUGUUUGCUUUGGGCAAAAGAAUCAGGGGUGUGGUGGGUGUGGGCGGGAUCUACAACCUCGACGGCUUGCUGCAGGCGUAUCCAAGCUACAGCGACUUUGUCGACAUGGCGUUCGUCAAGGACCAGUAUGAGGAGGCAAGCCCGUAUGUGCUGGCAGAGAACAAGCUUGCGGAGGCAGCGCAUAUCAGGUUCCUGGUGGCCAACAGCACGACCGACGAGCUGAUCGGGUCGGACCAGGCAGCGCAGUUCGCGGGGCGCCUGGUGGGCUCGGGGUACGAGGACGUCACGCUGGUGGUGCGCGACAUGGGCACGCACUUUGGGCAGCUCGACGACAGGCGGUUCUGGCAGAUUGUGGUUGACUUUGUUUUGUAGUAGGAAGAGGUAAUAAAAAGGUGCGGGCGCCAGCGGUUUAUUUUUUGG